AUGAUAGCAUCAAAAGAAACAAAAGAGAAAAUUAGAAAUUUUAUUGGUGGGUUUGCAUCAGGUGCAGCAAGUACACUUGCAGGUCAUCCAUUUGAUACACUUAAAGUUAGAUUACAAACUGAAGGUUCAACAGGUAGAUUUAGAGGAUUAGCACAUUGUUUUACAACUACGAUAAAGGAAGAAGGUUUCUUUGCAUUAUAUAAAGGUGUAACACCACCAUUACUUGGUAUGAGUAUUAUUAAUUCAUGUAUGUUUGGUGCUAUGAAUAUAGUUAAAAGUAAAAUUCACACAGAUAAAUCAACUCCAAUCUCUUUAGGUGAAAUUAUGGUAUCAGGUGCUAUCACUGGUUGGAUAGUGAGUUUUGUAGCUUGUCCAAUCGAAACUGUGAAAUCAAAAUUACAAGUUCAAUAUACUGGCGUAAAAUUAUAUAAUGGACCAAUUGAUUGUAUAAAAAAGAUUGGUAUAAGAGGAUUAUAUAAAGCAUUAAUUCCAACAGGAUUUCAAAGAAAUAGUUUAUAUGCAUAUUUUGGAUGUUAUGAAUUGGCUCAACGUUAUUUAAGAAGAGAGGAUGGUUCAAUGACAAUGGGUAGAUCAUUUAUAGCAGGUGGUAUAGCAGGUACAGGUUUUUGGUUAACAAAUUUCCCAUUCGAUGUUAUAAGAAGUCGUAUCAUGACAAUGCCAUACAAUGAAUCACCACCACGUUACAAAGGUAUGAUUGAUUGUGCUAAACAUAUCUAUAGAGUUGAUGGAUUAAAAGGUUUUUGGAAAGGUUUCUCUCCUUGUCUCUUAAGAACUUUCCCAGCAAAUGGUGCAACUUUUGUAGCUUAUGAAUGUGUUAUGAAAUUCUUCCCAAUGUAA